UCUGAACUGGAUAAAAUGACAUUUGUCAUGGCCUCUAAGUAUCCGUUUUUCUUUUUAACGCAACUUGUGAUGAUAAACAAUGGUGUCUUUGCAGUAAUUUGUGACAAAAGAAACGGUUGCUGUUCAGGAUAUAAAUGGGAUUUGAUCCAAAGAAAAUGCAUAAAAUGUCCAAAUGGUUAUUUUGGAUUCAGUUGCGAAAAAGCAUGCCCUUACCCAUACUAUGGAGAAAAAUGUCUACACACGUGCCAGUGCAGUAGGUUAGCGUGUAAUAUUUCCUAUGGGUGUACCAGAUUUACAGGGUAUACAGGAAGUCAGAAUUUGUUCUCAACACUAGUCAAUGAUGGAAAGCAUGAUCCAUAUAUAGGAUUUCUUUCCUACCAUAUAACUAAUAUCACAGUGUUACCCUUGUCAAACAUAUCAGUAACAGUAACCUCUAAACCAAGAUCCUUAGACAAUCUUCUGCUCACAGCAAUUUUGUUUGCAGCAGCGUCCGUAAUGUUGGUGGUUGCACUACCACUAAUUCUUUAUUGUGUUCUAAAUAAGAAGACGACACUAUUUAAGAAGAAUGAUUACGUUUCUCCUGCUAUUAUAGCUCAUGCCAGAAAUGAUGCACAACAAAAUACCAAUGAGUACGAAACUCUUGGGUAUCAAAUGCUAUUUCAGGGCGUUGGUAAUCUUUCAAUUUGGUACGAUCGUAGAAAAGAAUCAUACUCUAUAAAUGUUCUAUCAUCAAGGGACAUUUGUGACAAAGAAGAAAAACCACAAAGGAUGGCAUCAAAUCAAACAAUUGAAAUAAAUCCCCUGAUUGCAGGUGAUCAAGAUAACGCCUAUGUGCUGCCAAAUAAUAUAGAUACAGCAUCAUCAUCAGAUGUACAUACGUUUAAUGAUGAAUUUCACGCAACACCAGAAUCUGACAGUAAAAGCACCAAUGUGUACGUGACGGUUAUACCCUCAGAUUAAUGACACACGACCUUAUUAAUUCUCAACAAUCUAAUGAAGGAAAAAUGAUACAUGAAUAUCUUACAUGUAUCUUAAGUCAUCCACGACUGCCAUACAAACUCAGAAGAAAACUAACAAAAUUUAACACUUUAUGCAAGGCAACUCUUGAAUUUUUUUUUAGCUAUUGCAGAUGAAUUAAAAACGAUGUUUAACACAUAUUGAAGAAAUGCUGGACUUCUAAAAGGUUGAAAAAAAAGGAAAAAAGUAUAUUAAACUUUUCUUAUUUUAUUCAUACAAAUUCUGAUUCGUAAUUAGAAAAGAGGAAUAAAU